AUGUUUGGAAUCACCUCCCAAACAUAUCCACCAACCAUGUUCAUGACCUUUUUUCAGCCGCACACGAAAUUCUCAUAUGUGGUUAUGAACCCUGUAUUUCUGGCUCGGCACUCGUGGUAUAAACACCUCGGAACACGGGAGUUUUGCAAGCUUUCUUCUUCUCCCAAGAGCUGUCAAACAAUAAUGAAGUGCACUCAGUCGUUGGUCGCACUUUUGUUGCUGGCCCUGAGUUGUUCGGCUAAUCCGAUUUUCUACCGGCUUUUAGCGGAUCAACCGACAUCCACUCUUGUCCAACAGGAAACCACUCAGACCGUCAUCCCAGCGCAAACCACUGGUUCGAUUGCAUUUGAGAAGAGAGAAGCUAGGAAAAAUAAGGCUAUUUACAACAAAGAAUGGCUGGCAGAACAGAAUGGUGAAUCCAGUACCAGUGAGACUCCCAAGCCAUGGCUAAGAACCAUUUACUCCACCAAGAAAGAGGUUGUUACACCAACUGUUGUUGCUGGAGUGACGUUUAGUGCAAAGCCACCCAAGGAAACCGACGGCUUAGAGCCUUGGAUAUCUCUGAAGAAAGAUGGUACUCCUGUGACGGUUAAGCCUAAGCUGAAGAAUGGACAGAUCAAGAACGGAAAGCCUGAUUUGUCGACCUAUUUCCAGACUGCAACAACCGUGAUUUACAACCAGAAGGAUCUGAAGGCUCAUAACCUUCCCGCUGAUGCAAUUCACGAGGAGGUCGAGUAUAUUGACGAAGAUCAGACGUAUGUUUCGUUGAAUCCCCUUAUGAGAUGCACUCCAGACUUCUACUUCAAGAAAGGUCGGGCUGGUCACCUGAGCAGUGAACCAUUCUGUACGCCAAAAGAGAACACCGAUAUGAAGGCCUCAAACACGCAUUUCGUCACGUGGUACACUCGCUUUUUUGAGGAAGCAACAAACGUGAGAAUUCAUUUGGCUUACAUCAAGGAAUCUUCUCGUGACAAGGGUAUGGGUAAGCGUGACCUACUACCCAGCGACGCAAAGCUGGACUAUGAUAGUUCCGGGUUGUCCGGAACAGAAGGUGCUUUGCCUGGAACUUUCUACACUUCCGAGUGGAUCCUUAACCGAGAUGGCUUCUUCGCGCUGGAAGUGCAAGAGGAGUGGCUCCAGGGAUUAUUCCACAAGAAGGUGGCGAUUUACAUUCAACCAGACUCUGUCAGCGACGAAGACUUUCAACUCCUAGACCCUUCCAACAUGGUAUUGGUCAACUUCAUCAAGAAAAGCGUUGUUGGAAAGAACUCGAAGCUGGACCGUACUCUCCAGGACAUGGGAGGAACUGAUGACAAUGUAUACUACGUGGUGAUGACUAUUCCCACCAUGGUGAUCAUUGCGGUCUUUGGAAUGUAUGCGUUUCUGUACAUCAACAAGGGGCAUCGUGACUUGUCGCAUUUGCGCAAGCCCAAGAGCAGCAGAUUUGGCAGAAAUCACCACCAUUCGAAGUACUCCUCCCUACCAUCAUACAAAAACGACGUUGCUUUGGAUAUCAGAAACAAGCACUCCUGA